AAAAAUAAAAAUGGAUUCCAUCGCCGGAAAUAUUGUGCCAGAUAAUUGUUUAGAACAAAUAUUCUCUUAUUUAAGUCUCCGUGAUCUCAGAAACUGUUCCUUAGUUUGUAAAAGGUGGUACGACUUUUUAAAUGAUGAAAAUAACGACGUGUGGCGGUUACACUGCAUUCGAAAAUUGGCCGAAGAAGCCCUUAAAUCCGAUCUCCUAUCGUCAGUUCCUACGUAUAAAGCAAAAUUAAAAGCUUUUUAUCACGCAUGGAACCCCAACGAUUGUUCUAGAAAUAUAUACAUUAAACCUAAUGGUUUUACAUUACACAGAAAUCCAGUAGCUCAGAGUACAGAUGCUUGUCGGGGUAAAAUAGGCUUUAGACAUGGAAGGCAUGCUUGGGAAGUUAUUUGGGAGGGCCCAUUAGGAACUGUUGCUGUUAUAGGAAUUGCUACAAAAGAUGCCCCUUUACAGUGUCAUGGUUAUGUAGCUUUGUUAGGUUCUGAUGAUCAAAGUUGGGGAUGGAAUUUAGUAGAUAACCAUUUAUUACAUAAUGGGGAUGCUCAAGGAAAUUAUCCUUUGCUUAAUAAUGCACCAAAAUAUCAGGUUGGGGAAAGAAUUAGAGUGAUUUUAGAUUGUGAUGAUAACACACUAUCAUUUGAGAAGAAUUAUGAGUUUUUAGGAGUAGCUUUUAGAGGAUUGCCAGACAAGAAACUAUAUCCAACUGUGUCUGCUGUUUAUGGAAAUACGGAAGUAUCAAUGGUUUAUCUAGGAGCACCCUUAGAUGGCUAACACAACCUUAAAUCUUUUAGCCUAAUGUCCUGUAAAAGAUGGAGAGAGAAAAUAUGUGUCUGCUAUAUGAUGGUACAACCAAGGUCAAUAGAAUGUUUCAUCUAAGGACAUCUAAGUACUUUUUACUUGAAAUAUUAUAUAUGGUGCUUAGAGUAUACUAGGAUGGACAUUUUAUUGAUUAAAGGUGUAGUUUACAGGUUAGUUCGGUUUGCCCAUUGUGA